CCAGGUGACCGGCGUCCGACUGUCGAUGACAUAUCUAGCAAUGAGAUUGGACUCCACCCUGAAGUCGACGACGAUCCUGGGAUGGAAUCUUCAAUGUGCCGUGAAGACGGGAACUGGUCGCCACUUCCGUUCACCUGUGUGCCAGAAUGCGGGCGACUGAUCGGUAACGGCGAGACCCUAGUAGUGGACGGUAAGCCUGUGAACUCCCCUGUAGAGUUUCCUUGGCACGUAGCCAUCUAUGACCGGAGAUACAAGGGCGGGAUCACCCAGAUUUGCGGUGGAACACUAAUCACUACCAAAUUUUUUGUGUCAGCCGCUCACUGUUUCGUCACGUCCUCAACCGAUGCUGUACUGCGGCCUGCGUCGGAGUUUGCAGCUGCUGUGGGCAAACUGAACCGGAACUGGUCCGUCAGAGAAAACUACGCUCAAACUCGUAACGUUCUUCAAAUUCACAUACAUGGGUACGGUGGGCCACGGCUCAACCACGUGAAGGACAUUACGCUGGUAGAAAUGGAUUCGCCCGUUCAGUUGACGGCCGCCACACUGCCAGCCUGUGUCGACUGGGGCCACGAGGAGCGUCGGCUUCGGGAAGGUGACAUGGGCUCUGUGUUGGGAUGGGGCAACCUGCGCAAUGAGCCCAUUAGCAACACACUGCAGUCAACAAUGCUGCCGUACGUUCCGAAGGAACGGUGUCUCAGAACGAUACCAGCGAAACUCGUACCUUACGUUAUGUCCAACGACAGGUUCUGCGCCGGUGUUGUAAAUGGCACCACCGUGGCGCACGGCGACAGUGGCGGUGGUCUCGUCUUCCAGAACCGGGAGCGCAGGUGGUUCCUACACGGUGUCGUGUCGGUGGGGAUGCCUGAACAACGCACCUUUGCCGCAUUCACCAAUGUCUCAUCCUUUGUGCGGUGGAUGGCAGACAAGAUACAAGAUGAGGAAAUCCGAGCAGCCGCUGCGAUUCACCACACGCCGCUGGAGAUCCCAAUGGAGUACACCGCCAGUGACGUGGAGGAAGAGCAGCGCGUAGCCUACUAUCGCGAAGACGUGGGAUUGAACCUGUUCCACAUGCACUGGCACUACUUCUACUUUAAGUACCUAAAGCCCAAGGAGAUGUUAAAGAUGCACCGGCGAGGGGAGCUGCUGUUCUAUAUGCACGGUCAAAUUAUAGCUCGGCACAAUGUUGAACGUCUUGCCCACCAUUUGCCUCGAUCUAGGCGUCUUGUCCUACGGGAGCCCAUCAAAGAAGGGUACUACCCAAAACUAGACACGCUGGUCGCAUCUCGAGUCUGGCCUGGACGACCCCCAAACACCAAGCUUCAGAACAUGAACCGCGACGGGAUGAAAAUUGACCUUGAAGAUAUGGAACGGUGGACCGCUAGGAUAUACGACGCUAUUGCUGUGGGAGCAUUAGUUAACUCGAGUGGUGGAAUCAUUCCUCUGACGGAGGAGGACGGCGCGGAAAUGCUGGCCAACACCAUUGAGUCGAACUCGCUAUCGCCUAACGACCAGCUCUACGGAGAACUAACAAACAUGGGACACAUCAUCAUAUCGCUGGCGCAUGACCCGGAGAACAGAUAUCUCGAAUCAUUCGGUGUCAUGGGGGACGCUGCCGUGUCUCUGCGAGACCCAGUCUUCUAUCGAUGGCACACUUACAUCCUGGACAUCAUGCGAAAGUACAAGGAUACUAUGCCAAGCUACUCCCGUAGAGAGCUGGAGUUUCCGGGAGUUGCAGUGCGAGGCGUAGAUGUAUUCACUGAGGGCUCCAAUAAGCCCAAUUUGCUUGGCACCUACUGGGAAGCCAACGACUUGGAGCUGUCCCGGGGACUAGACUUCGCACCUCGUCCUCCUGUCUACGCACGACUGACGUUCCUACAGCACCAUCCCUUCCACUACAGCAUUCUGGUUGAAAACAAGGGAAUAACCCCCCAGGAGGGCUACGUUCGCAUUUUCCUCGCGCCGAAGUUCGAUGAGCACGGCAGGUCUAUGGUUUUUAACGACCAGCGGCAUUUCAUGAUCGAGAUGGAUAAAUUCGUAACAAGGCUUCAGCCAGGGAUGAACGUGAUACGGCGCAAAUCUUUCGACUCAUCGUUGACCAUCCCCUUUGAGCGUACCUUCCGCAACCUGAACGCCAACAGACCGGCGCACACGGGCAAGCGGCGUGACGAGUUUACCUUCUGCGGAUGUGGCCUUCCGCACAACCUGCUGCUGCCCAAGGGUGACACCGAGGGCCUCACCUAUAACCUCUUCGUCAUGGUCACCGACUACGCUCUGGAUAAGGAGGAGCAGGAGCUUCAUGGCUCGUGCAAUAAGGCCCACAGUAUAUGCGGUGUCAUGAACGGCAAAUAUCCCGACAAGAGACCCAUGGGCUUCCCGUUCGACCGCCAGCCAGCGUCGCACGUGCGCUCGCUGCGCUCCUUCCUUACGCCCAACAUGUUCGUACAGGACGUCACCAUCCGCUUUAAGGACACUGUUGUGCUGGCAUCACACAACGCUUCUAUCUUCGACAAGAACAUCAUUAAGCUUCCUACACCUCUUGGUGCAAGUGCCGACCGCAUUCAGAGUUUCCUACCGAAAGAGCGACCACAGCAGUACCAGCUGCCUAUCAUCAUAAGAGCGUAAUCAUGUCAUAGUUAAACCUAUUCGUAGUAAUUGUUUUGUACUGUUCAAAUUGCACUAUGAUACUGGUGUAACGUUUUUGUGUUUUGAAGUAAUACUGUACGUCUGCCUAAUAUAUUUAUAUUUAUUGUUUAUGUAAGAAAAUAUAAAACAACAACCAA